CCCUUCCUUUACUUGUUUUAGCUUCUCUAUUUUAUUUUAAUGUUUUGUUGAAUAAACAAUUUUAAGAAUGCACUGGGUAUGUGCCAUUUAUAUGGUUGUUUUGUCAUUUAAACUUAAGCUAUCCUGUUUAGGUGCUUUUUUUGAUGUCCCAAGCCGAGGAAAUCCAAAAUUAGCAUUGUCAUCGCUUUUAGGUGGUGUUGUUUAUUCUCCAAUCGCUUCCUCUUACAGAUUUAUGUUAUUGAUAUUUUUAUUAACACAAGUCAAGAGUUUUAUGAAUGUGAGAAGACGGUCAAUAGCAAGUAUUAAGUGUUACAUGACAUUGUUUGAGAGGUUUAUGUGCAAAUUGUUGACUGGAACUAGACUGUAAUAUGGCACAAUUGCUUUCAACUUCAUGCUCUUUGAAAAUCCCUUCUUGGCGCAAACCUUUCUUCCAACCAUUGAACCAAGGUCCAAUUGCAUUUCCUACCUCUUUUACUGUGGAAAUUUCCAAAUCGCCAGUCCAUAGAGUUGUCCUGCCAGGAAAGGGACCACGAAGAAGUUGCACUGUUUACGCAACCUCCACCCCCAUUAGACAAGAAGUCCCAACCCAAUCACGCUCUGGUUUGCAUCAAUCCUCCAAUGAUCCUGCCAAGCCAAAGCGGGUCAUGGUUAUUGGUGGAGAUGGCUACUGCGGAUGGGCCACUGCCCUUCACCUUUCCAACAAAGGUUAUGAGGUUGCUAUUGUUGACAGUCUCAUCCGGCGUCUCUUUGACCACCAACUUGGUCUUGACUCCUUGACUCCCAUUACCUCCAUCCACAACCGGCUCCGUGUUUGGAAAUCUCUUACUGGGAAAACUAUUGAACUCUACAUUGGUGACAUUUGUGACUUUGAAUUCUUAGCAGAAACCUUCAAGUCAUUUGAACCUGAUUCUGUUGUCCAUUUUGGGGAACAGCGGUCUGCCCCUUAUUCAAUGAUUGACAGGUCAAGAGCUGUCUUUACUCAGAAUAAUAAUGUAAUUGGAACAUUGAAUGUUCUCUUUGCCAUUAAGGAAUUCAGGGCGCAGUGUCAUUUAGUGAAGCUUGGGACAAUGGGAGAAUAUGGUACUCCAAACAUUGACAUUGAGGAGGGUUAUAUAACAAUUACUCAUAAUGGAAGAACAGAUACUCUGCCUUAUCCCAAGCAAGCAAGCUCUUUCUACCAUCUGAGUAAGGUUCAUGACUCACAUAAUAUAGCCUUCACUUGCAAAGCCUGGGGAAUCAGAGCCACUGAUCUUAAUCAAGGAGUUGUUUAUGGAGUAAGAACUGAUGAGACUGCGAUGCAUGAAGAGCUUUGCAAUCGGCUAGAUUAUGAUGCAGUGUUUGGGACUGCAUUGAACCGGUUUUGUGUUCAGGCUGCGGUAGGUCAUCCACUUACUGUGUAUGGAAAAGGGGGCCAGACUAGGGGCUACCUUGAUAUAAGAGAUACAGUUCAGUGUGUUGAACUUGCCGUUGCAAAUCCAGCAAAAGCUGGUGAAUUUCGGGUGUUCAAUCAGUUCACUGAGCAGUUUUCUGUCAAUCAACUUGCUGCCCUAGUUACAAAAGCAGGAGAGAAACUUGGGCUUGAUGUGGAAACCAUAUCUGUGCCCAACCCAAGGGUAGAGGCAGAAGAGCACUAUUAUAAUGCAAAGCACACUAAACUCAUUGAGUUGGGACUCAAACCACACCUUCUUUCAGACUCUCUUCUUGACUCACUGCUCAACUUUGCUAUUCAGUUCAAGGACCGUGUUGACUCAAAACAGAUAAUGCCCAGUGUUUCUUGGAAAGAGAUUGGGGCGAAGACAAAGACUGUUGCAGCCUAAUGAAGUCAAGAGGAUUGAAGGUUUUGAAGUAAUAAAGUGUGGUGACCUUAUUGUUUAUCUCUUUUUGUUUGGCAGAUAUUGCUACAGUCUUUGAAAUAUGUAGUCUGUAACAGUAACUGGUCAGCUGCAAUCUAGGGAUUCAUAGAAACGUACUGUUCAGCCCCAAAACAAGGCAACUUAGCUGUACAAGUAACGUACAUCUCCAUUGUCAGAAUAUACGGCUGGAAUCUGCAUAGGACUUUUAUGUUGUUAUAUGAUACUACACAGAUUAAUUUAUAGAUAUAUUUCAUACCCAACGGUUGAACAGUAUUUUAUCUGAA